UAUUUGUUUAUCUAAAAAAAAAAAGAGUAAUGGUAAUAGUAGCAAUACGAGAAGAAUAUCAAGAGAGUGGAACUCUACGACACCUAAACCAACAGUGAAAGCUAUCAACCGAAUGACAAGUAUUAAUCCCAUAAGUUGGGUGGGUAAGCUAUUUCGUUCACUGUAUAUAAAAGGUAAAACUACGACAGAUUGUCAAAUUGAUCUCCCUCAUGAUAUCAUCCUAGACAUACUUAGUAGACUUCCAGCCGAGCUUAUAUUCAGGUGUCAGUGUGUGUCUAGACCUUUACAAGUUUUAACCACUAUCCCAUUUUUUAUUCACAUGCAACGUCAGCGAUCUACUUCGGUAAUAGUUGUUCAGCUUCCUUCUUCAGAAGAAUCCUCCGUUUGCGAAUUCGCAAAGCUUUGUUAUAUGGACAAAGAGUUUGAGAGGAUCGAGGAAAAAUUCUUUGAAUCAUUAUCAUCACCGAUUGGUUCCUCUUAUUAUUCUACUACCUAUACAAGGUUUCUUUUGGGUUCCUAUGAUGGGUUUCUUAUGUUCGCCAACUUUGAUGGCUUGCCUCAAAAUUUUUACAUAUGGAAUCCUAUAACAGAGGAACAGUUAGCAAUAGAAGAUACGAAUACGCAUGUAUGCGGGUUAUACUUCAAUCCAGUUAUAAAAUAUCAUGAAUUGUUCUAUCAUACUACUACUAAUGGAAACGCGCAUUUCGGACAAUAUUAUAACUUCGGCGCACAUAACUUAAGAACUAAGCUAAGGAGAGAUGUUGGCAGGUUCCGUUAUCCACCAUCUAGACACAGGCUUCCUGUUAUCGUAAAUGGGACCUUAUACUGGAUGAUUGAUCGGUCACAUGUAUUAUUCUCGGUUAACAUAGUAUCUCGUCCUCCAUUUGAAGAUUCUAUUAUGUCGUUCAAUAUUGAAACUGAACAAUUUAGCACACUGCAACCUGGAGGGACCAAGUAUAACGUCACAGAACCUGGUGGAGGCACUAGUAGGAGGAUGCUGAGAAUUUGUCGAUUGCAUUUGUCAGAAAUGGAUGGGGAAUUAUGCUUGUGUGAUUUCGUAAAUUUAACUAAUAAUCAACUUCUUUUGUCAAUCUAUAACCAUGCAACAUAGUACUGGAGUACGAGAGCAAUUGUGGUUCUACCUCAGUACCAUUAUCCUUUGAAUUUUGAUCGGUCGAACAGAUUUACUGCGGAAGUUGUGCAGAUCAAGGACAAUGAGUUGCUAGUGAGACAGGGAAGCAGACUUGUGCUUUAUAAUAUGCUUACAAAUGCUUGUAAAAUUUCUGAGAUGAUGGGUUUUAAGGAUAAAGGUAUUCGAGCAACUGUUCAUGCUCAUAGAAUUGCUUCCUUUCAUUUGUGAUAAUAAUUGCAUCAAUGAGGCAGAGAAGAUUUGGUUGAAUUGUAUUGACUUGGUAAAAGAGAGUUUGUGGUAUUUCUGAAUGUGAUUAAAUCAUCAGAUUCUUAGGUCACAAUAAGGUAAUUACUAGUAGUGUCUACUUACUAGACGGGUCUAGUUAUUAUUUUCUACUACCAGAGAUUUGGCAAAUAAUUUUAGGUUUAUG